CUACGGUGCGUUUCAUUCCCUUCCACCAGUUCCCUUCCUCCCUUAACCCCCCACUCCGUCGUGGCGUCGUCCGACUGUAUAAAGAUCCGACCGUCACCUUCGUUGUUGCUAUGUCUGACUACUGAAUCGAAUUCGUGAGUUGGCAAGUGAGAGUGAUAACUCUUUCACUUUCACCAGCAAGACGCGAGGUCAAUGAGGCCGUCGCCUUCAUUCCCCUAUUUCAGCAACUGGAAGCUUGAUUACGGCCCAAGCUACAACUUUGAAGGUUAUGCUUAAUUUUGGACGUUGUCUUUUGUGUUCUGAAUUUCAUUGAAGUCUGCUAGUACUGGUGGAUAAGGUCAUCUUGAGUCGAAUUUCAUGUUUGCUCUAUGGAGAAGCAGAUCGAUGAAAGUGUAAUUAUUUCUAGUUCUUCGUGGUUUGUGUGUAAAAAUUAUAUGUAUGAAAAGAAAGCAUCGAAGAGAAGGGAAUUGUGGGUGUGUGUGUGAGAGAGAGAUUGACGGCUGAGCGAAGCCAAAAUAGAGAGAGAGCCUAAGCAGAUGAAAGCUGAGGCGGCAUGAACGAGAAGGAGCAUCACAAGGGAGCAAGGAUUGGAGGGGAAAAGAAUAGAGACUGAGUGGAGAGAAGAUGGAGAGGCCGAACCUCAUUUGAUAAAGAGAGUGAAUGGCAGAGAAAGAAAGACAGGGAUUCCGCGCACACCGAGAAGAGAGUUGGUGAAUUGAGGCAAUCAGGAAUUCCAUCAUCGACAUAGUGGGGGAGGAAAGAUUCUUUCAUUUAGCCUUUCAGUCCCUGUGAAUUGCUUGAGUGAAUCCGUGAAUGGGACUUAAGUUUUGCUGAGUUGGCUAAUUUGCUUGAAAUCCUCUUGAGUUAAUUCAGUGAUUCCUGGUUUCAUUAUCAAAUCUUGUUGGAUAAAAACCUUGCUGAUGUAAUUUGUUAGCAUGAAGUUUUCUCAUAUUUGAUCCCCCAUUGAUUUGAUUUGCUCUUGCAUGUCAAAAAUCUGGGUUGUGUUCGGUCCUUCUGAGAUGAAAGCAUUGGGUGAAAUCUAAGUUCGGUUUGACGGUGAUGGCUCCAUCUUAUAUAAAAAUUAAAUAUAGUUACUACUGGUAGUUAGGUCAACCGGAACGGAUUAAUUUCUCUUAUUUAAGGUUGACUGGUUUGAAUCUUAUAACUAAAAAAAAUCACAUUGGGGGAUUUGCCCCAAAUUGAGCCUAUUAAUAUUGAAUCUCACUUUGUAUACAAUAAAGCUGAUGGUUUCCAGAUUUUCAUCUUGCAACUUUCCUGCUCUUUUGAUACUGAAAUUGAAGAGCAUGUUAUAUGAACUGCAAGUCUUAUCAAUUGUCAUCAAUGCUUGGCUUAGAAUAUCUGGAAAAACAUUAUUGCAAUUGUGUUAAGAAUUCUGACUUAAAAAUAGGCAAAUAUUGAGGAGCUUUUAUGAAGAGUGCGUUGAUUUCCUUUAGUCCUUUCUUAUAUAUUAGUUUCUCCGUCAUCAUAUAUUUGAUAGCUUUUAUUCUUUUCUCCUUCCAGAUUUUCAAGUUCUGCACAAACUUUCAAGUGAUGACCGCAGGGGAUACUACUGCAAGUGGGUGAAAGGAAUAGGUCUUUUCAGUUCUGUGAGUGAACUAAGAAGUUUUUCUGUGUUUUCUGUGUUCUAGCCUGUAACUAGCCUAGAGAUUAAGCUUAUCCACAAGAUUUUCAACAACAUUUCAUACUGAAAGAAUUGAAGAAAUAUUCUUUUUGGCUUUGUAUAAUGCAAAGAUCAAGUGGCAUCUAGAAACCUGCAAAUGCCUCCACAGUCACCUCCACCAUCCAAGACCAACAAACUUUAUUUUUUCUAUGGUCACCGUAAGCCCUCCCAAAACCGUCCAGUUGUCCGUGGUGGUCUUUUCUCCAAUCGCAUAACACUUAACCCCAAUAAACCAAAAAAUACUGAAGUCCAGCCCUUUGAUAUACACAAGUGGGACCCUCACUUCCUCUCCCAGACCCCAUCAUCUUCAGCACUAGCUCCAUCACCAGAAACCUCAUUCUCUAUCUCCCUUCGUUUAUCUCCGAUUGCUCGAUUCAUUAUUGAUGCCUUCCGCAAGAACCAGAACAAGUGGGGCCCUUCUGUGGUGGCAGAGCUUCAAAAGCUCCGUAGGGUGACUCCUAACCUGGUGGUUGAGGUUCUUAAAGUCCAAAACAAUCCCACCCUUGCCUCUAAGUUCUUCCACUGGGCAGGGAAGCAGAAGGGUUACAAUCACAACUAUGCCUCUUACAAUGCUUUUGCUUAUUGCUUGAAUCGUAACAAUCAGUUUCGAGCAGCAGAUCAGGUUCCUGAACUGAUGGACUCGCAGGGGAAACCACCUAGUGAGAAGCAGUUUGAGAUUUUAAUCAGAAUGCAUUCGGAUGCCAAUAGGGGUCUUAGGGUCUAUUAUAUUUAUGAGAAAAUGAAGAAAUUUGGUGUUAAACCAAGGGUGUUUUUGUAUAAUAGAAUUAUGGAUGCAUUAGUCAAAACAGAUCACUUGGAUUUGGCAUUAUCCGUUUAUGAUGAUUUUAGAGAAGAUGGCUUGGUUGAAGAGUCUAUUACUUUUAUGAUUUUGAUAAAAGGAUUGUGUAAGGUGGGGAGAAUCGAUGAAAUGUUGGAGAUUUUGAGUCGAAUGAGGACCAACCUGUGUAAGCCAGAUGUGUUUGCAUACACUGCUAUGGUUCGUGUGCUGGUUUCAGAUGGCAAUUUAGAGGGGUGUUUGAGGGUUUGGGAUGAAAUGGAAAGAGAUGGGGUUGAGCCUGACGUCAUGGCUUAUGCAACAUUAAUUACAGGUUUAUCUAAAGGGGGCAGAACUGAAGAGGGUUAUGAAUUAUUUAAGGAGAUGAAGAAAAAGGGCCAUUUGAUCGAUAGAGCAAUAUAUGGAGCACUCAUUGAGUCAUUUGUGGCGAGGAGGGAGGUUAGCUCUGCUUGUGAUUUGUUGAAGGAUUUGAUGGCUUCAGGAUAUAGGGCUGAUUUGGGGAUAUAUAAUUCACUUGUUGAAGGUUUGUGUAAUGUGAAUCAGGUUCAGAAGGCUUACAAGAUUUUCCAAUUCACUUUACAGGAAGAUCUUAAACCAGACUUUGUAUCUGUAAAACCCUUAUUGAUGUCUUAUGCUGAAGCAAAACAAAUGGAAAAUUUUUUCCAGUUGCUCAUGCAAAUGCAGAACUUGGGCUUACCAGUUCUUGAUGACCUGUCCAAAUUCUUUGCCUUCUUCAUAGAGAAGAAAGGACCAAUAGCAGCAUUAGAUACAUUUACGGGUCUGAAAGCAAAAGGUUAUAUUAGUGUCAAAAUAUACAACAUUCUUAUGGAUUCUUUGCAAAGGAUUGGUCAGGCCAAGAAUGCAUUAUCACUCUUUGAUGAAAUGAAUGGCUCAACAUGUACGCCUAAUUCAUCUACUUACAGUAUAGCAAUUUCAUGUUUUGUUGAUCUUGGGGAAAUUCAAGAGGCAUGUGCAUGUCACAAUAAGAUCAUUGAGAUGUCUGCUAUUCCCUCCGUUGUUGCUUACAUUAGCCUUUCCAAAGGGCUUUGCAAAAUUGGAGAGAUUGAUGCAGCCAUGAUGCUUGUUCGAGACUGCUUAGCCAAUGUUGAUAGUGGACCGAUGGAAUUCAAAUAUACUCUUACCAUUCUUCACUCGUGCAAAUCAAAUGAUGCAGGGAAGGUGAUUGAAGUAUUAAAUGAGAUGAUGCAAGAAGGUUGCCCUCCUAAUGAAGUCAUAUACUCUGCGAUAAUCUCUGGCAUGUGUAAGCAUGGAACAAUUGAAGAGGCCAGGAAGGUUUUCUCAAACUUGAGGGAGCGCCAAUUAUUGACCGAAGCCGACACAAUUGUGUAUGAUGAAAUACUAAUUGAUCACAUGAAGGAAAAGACAGCACAGUUGAUGCUGUCAGGAUUGAAGUUCUUCGGUCUAGAGUCUAAGUUAAAAUCAAAAGGUGUUAAGUUCCUGCCACGUUGAAGACAGUAAUGGAAGGUGAUUGAUGAGUUUUGGCUCUUAUAUGUGUCAAACAUCUGAAGAUGAUGCAGGAGGCAUCGAUGGGAGAACAUCGUUGAUUCAUUUGCUCAUCGAGUAACUGUUUCAGCUGAACCAUAUACGGAGGUAAUUGGUUCUACCUAGCUCAGAAUGAUCUUAUAAACUAUCCAACAUGUCAUUUGGAACUUUCUGACAUAAGCUGAUUUCUCUCUCUUUUUUCUUCGUUUUUUUUUUUUUUGGGUGUUGAGGGGGGAAGGAGAUUCAGAAUUCCGGAUAUGUAAAUUUAUUGUUUUACAUAUGAAAAAUAAAGGAUUAGUGACCUUCCAAGUGUUA